AGGCUCAGGGACGAGCCGGCGCGCGCGAUGCUACCCGUCGCCGCGGCGGGUAGUCGUUCGGAGCCGGCCGUUGGUCCCUCCGCGACGGUGGUGAGCAGGUGUCGCCGCUUCGCUGCUGCCGACUCGUAUUCGUGGGGACGCGCGCGAAUUCUCGAUAGAUGGCUGUCGUACGUGUGAACGAGUGAACGUGUGCGCCGCGUAUUUCCAAGCGCUGCCGGACGCGCAGCGGCCGGGUGCGACGAUCGAAAGAGAGAGAGAGAGAGAGAGAGAGAGAGAGAGAGAGAGGAAAUCAGCCGAGAGGAGGCUACGAGCUGUCGCGGGCAAUGGCAGCGGCGGCAUCCUGUCGAGGACUAUUCGUCGUGAGGUGGUACGAGCUGAGCCGUGCGCUGAGUACCGCGUCGUGCCUGACCACCGCGACUAGGAAGUAUCAGAAGGAAACAUGGUGCAGACGAUGGUGGCACAUCUCUCAAAGGAGCCUCUCCCUAUCGGCCAGUUCCUACUCGCCGACGUUAAAUCCGUUUCUGAUGAAGCAACUGAAAGAGCCUAAAGCCACGGAAAAGACAGCAAAGAAUACCGUGAAGGCCACGUCGGCGGAAAACCUGGCGGAAUCAGCCGAUGCGGGUGUCACCGUGGCGUACCACAGAGGGCUUCCGAGGAUUACGGUGCCGCUUCCAUCCCGGAAGGAACACUGUUCGUUCACCAUGAAGCCGAUUACACAUACUGUCGGCAAUUUGUUGGACAUGCUAAAAACGGAGGAUCGUGGAAUCGAUAGAGCGUGCAUAACAUCGCUAGAUGGUGUCAGGAUAGCUUCCAGUAACACGAUAGAGUCGCUUUUAGAAGAGGACUUCAAAUUAAUAAUAAACGAUAACGAAUACGUCGUCGUGCCGCCGUUGCAAGAAAGGUGCACGAUAGAGAAUCUGCAGAAACUCUCGGACGUGCAAGCGCUCAUCAGUCAGUUGUACGAGGCAUUUCACGUGCGGGAAUAUAGCGCUGACAUGGAGAGAGCAGUCAUUGCUGAGUUGGAGGACGUUAGAUUGCAGUUAGAACCACUCGAGCAGCAACUGCAGGACAUAGAGAACGCCGCUUACAGGAGGGCGAAUUUCUUCAUCUGGACGUUUUUAAUCAUGAUGUCUAUUCAAUUCGGCGGUUUGGCCAGGUUAACCUGGUGGGAAUACUCAUGGGAUAUCAUGGAGCCUGUCACAUAUUUCGUCACCUACGGCACUACUAUGACGUGGUUCAUCUAUUAUCUCGUGACGAAACAGGAGUACAUGCUGCCGGACGUGUUGAACAGGCGUCACCUCAUAGUGCUUCACAAAAGAGCGCGAAAGGCCGGCCUCGACCUUAACCUCUACAACUCGCUGAAAGAUCGGGCCUAUGAACUGGAGACCACCCUGAAAAUUAUUCGCGGCCCCUUGCACGAUCACAAAAUGCAGAUACAGCGACAACAGCAGCAACAACACGACAGGUUCAGCUCCAGCAGCUCAAGAUCACCCAGUUCCUCACCCAGCCCCAGCCCCAGCCCUAGUCCCGAGAGAGAUUUUCCUAAGAGAUCCGCGUUAGAGGCGAACGAACCGAAGAAGCCAUCUCUCAGUGAUCUUAAAAUUUAAUCGCGGAUUCGAUCGAUGCGCGAAGGGCGCGAAUGUUCCAGCCGGAGUAACAAAUGAAUCAAUCAGCACGAUCACCGAUCGUUAAUCGUUUAAUCGAUGCUAAAUCUGCCUCCAACGAAACGAUCGGAGAAGAAAAGUCAAGAGAGACUUCCUCGGACACGACGAAAGCGAAUGCACUCAGGGUAACUUUUAGUCCGCGCGAGGAAUCGGCGUUCGCACGGCGGCCGGGCCGUGAGAGACGAAGGAGGAAAGUAUAAUUUAUUUUUGCGUAAGGAGACACGCGUAUGAAGUGUGUGUAUGUGUGUGUGUGUGUGUGUGAGUGUGCGUGACAGACCAGAUCUCGAUUUAGUCUUCCAAGUGAUAUCGACGGCAAUCCUCAGCGCGCAUUCUAUAGGCACGGAGAAUGCGGUUAUUGUCGAAUGCUCAACGCUGUCGACGUUUUUGGAAGACGCUGGUGAGAACAGGUAAAGCGGACGAGCGUGCGAUUUACUUCGAUCAACUCUCUGCGCUGCUUGCAUUUAACGAUAAAAAUAUUAUUCACUUCCUAAAGGAUGUCGAAGGAUCGCGGAUUACCUUAACGCUUUACCGCUUGAUUUUAGCGCCGAUUCAACACAGAUCGUCGUCAAGAACUCUCAAUACGUGAGUACGUGCGAUAAGUCGUGAUUUCAUAGUAUCGUUAAUCGGAAUUCUGCCAGUAGCCAAUCACGUCGAGUAACGAUUAGCGUUUUUAGAAGUUAACCAACCCGCGUAAGCAUUUGCCAUCCAUACGAUGUAAAGCACCUCGCGAAAAGGAGAGCCAAUAAGUCCAGCGUGCUUCUGUGAAAGACGCGGUGAAGCGUUAAAUUCGCGAUUGUGUUUGAAAUCGGCAAAGAGCUAUAACAAAUAUAGAAACACAUGUUCUUACUAGGUGAAUACAUAUUGUGAAAAUGUUGAAAUGUUGAAGAAUAUUGCGAGAAUAGAAUACCGUGUUAUAUAACUAACUACGACUUGCAAAUUUAUUAAAUUAAUAUGCAAAAU